GUGGUGUUGGUCAUGAGCGUCUCGGCGGCGGAGACGCUCGCGGCGGGAAUGUCUGGGCCCGCGGGGUCUGCUGCCAUGGUUUUCUCUACUUUCUUCAGGCGCGGCGGGGAGCGGGGAAUGCUGCUGCGACAGACAACGACGACGACGACGACGACAACAACGAGGAGGAGCAGAAGUGCAACAACGAGGCUCGGUACCGCCAGACCGCGCUGCAGCACAUCUAUAUACAUACAUACACACCCAAGCCCCACGUCCGUCCAGGGCAUGCCUCGCUCGCAAAAGUCUAAUUCCCCAAACGUCGACGACAUGUCACCGGACAUGGACCUCCGUGAGCACAGUGAGCACCCUCCCUCCCGCGCACCGCACACCAUCCUCCGUACCCCACCCUCGCAUUCGUACCAGCCCGAGGCCGCGUACUAGCACACCAGGCACGUGGACGGGUGCGACUAAAUAACCGACCGCCACCUCUGUAUCUACCUACUCUACCGUAGUGCAACACCUCGUAUAGCCAACAGGCACGAACGAACGAACGAACGAAUGUACAAACGAACAAACGAAUGAACGAACGAACAAACGCAUGAGGCAAGUCCAAGAAACGCGGCUAAUUGCGGUCUUGGCCGAUCGACGACG